GCAAAAUCAGAACCUCCCUCCCUCCCAAAACUCACGAACAUAAAGAAAGAAGAAGAAAAGAAAAAGAAAACAACCGUUUUCAGAUUCAAAACCUCCCCAAACAGACGUUUUGAAAUCUACAACAACAAGAGAAGAAGAAGAAAGGAUCAAGAAUUCAAGGUGGAGAGAAAUCGAAUUUGAAGAAAUCUCAGUCGGAUUCAGAUGGGCUGUGUUUCAUCUAAGCUGGCAAGAACUGAUCUCAAGCAAGAAAUUCUCUUCAGCAAAGGCGACUAUUCCAGUCACAUCGUCUCCCUCACUUCGAGCACCUACGGCGCGCUUCAGCUCGAUGCCACCGGACCCAACAAAGAACCCAAGAAAUCACCCCCUCAUCUCACCCAGAAGAAGGUUCCAGAACAAGAACCAGAGAUCAUCAAUACCUGGGAGCUGAUGAAGGACCUCGAAGACGAAAUCCCCAAAAUACCCAUCUCCCCACCAGCGAAGACGGUGCUUAAAAGCCAUGUUUUUAUGCAUACUGUUGCAGAGUUCGAUGGAAGAAAGCAGACCCGAUCCCCAAAAAGGCAGAAGAAAUUUGAGGGGAAGGAGAAUGAUAGGAGACGAGAGUGCGGGCCUGGCAGCGGUGGGCGGUUGGAUUUUAAUGAAAAACAGGUGUUGAGGCCUUUUAGUUCUUUGGAGAAUUCAAAACCGGCUGCGCCAAGAUCAGAAUUUUGGUUGAAGAAUGCUCCGGCCGAUCUUAAAAUCCAGAGGAGCGAUUCGGGGUUCUCGAUGUCGAGGCGGAGCUUCAGCCCAUUGUUUGAUCCGGAUCUUCUCGAGUCCAUGGAAAGAGAGCUGUCAGAGGAGGGAGAACAGAUCAAGAAGAUGUUGUCUCCAAUACCCAAGAGCCGAAAGUCAAGAGAAUCAAAGACAAUGCUUGAAUUGUUCCAGAAGAGGUGCCCGCCGGGUGGUGAGAAUGCAGUUGUACUUUACACGACGACAUUGAGGGGGAUCAGGAAGACGUUCGAGGACUGCAAUGCUGUCCGGUCAGUGAUUGAAUCCUACGGUGUCCGGACAAUUGAGCGGGACAUCUCAAUGGAUUCAGGGUUUCGGGAGGAGCUGAGGGUGUUGAUGGGGCAGAAGGAGGUUAGAGUUCCUAUGGCCAUUGUCAAAGGGAGGCUUAUUGGGGGUGCAGAUGAGGUGAUGAAGCUGGAAGAAGAGGGAAAAUUGGGGAUUUUGCUCGAGGGUAUCCCGCGGGCCACAGCAUCGUGCGAUGGGUGUGGAGGGAUGCGGUUCGUCAUGUGCAUGGAUUGCAGUGGGAGCUGCAAGGUCUUGGAUGAGGAUAAGAAGAAGAUGGUGAAAUGUGGGGAGUGCAACGAGAACGGUUUGAUCCGGUGCCCCAUCUGUUGCUGACCAAUCAAAGAUGUCGAUGGCCCAGCUUGAAAAAUCAGGCCAAGUUGUCUGGUGGGCUGCCCAUGUGCACUGGAUGUGGACAUAGACCAGUUUUGUUUUACCAUCAGCUUCUUUUGUGUAUGGUCCACCCUAGGAGUGGACUGGCCUGGUUUUUGGACAGGGCCCAUCCACAUUGUGUAGCCCACCUGAUGAAUGGUUUGGAUUUCAUUCAUGUGACUUGUGAGCCGUGGCUCUCAGCAUAUUUGUGUGAUUUAUCUGAUGAAUGUUGUUUAUGACUCUCUUGUUUUGUUGGUUUUCUGUGGCUUUUGCUACCUGUAUCCAUGUGAGCUUAUUUGUAUGAUUGAAUUGGGUUUUGAAAAAAAGAAAGAAAGAAAGGCAUUGAUGAAGAGAUGAAGGUGCUUUGUAUGCUUAUUCUCCAAUGGAUGUAUGCCUAUUUGUGGCCCACCAUAAUAUUUUAAUGACAUCCAAUAAAACAAUCAUUUGCGCUCCCUA